AUGUCUGGCUCCAGCAUGACAUUCACCAAACGAUCUCCUUUCUCAUUGGAAUCUCUUAAAGAAUUACUUCGCUGCACAUUGAAAACGAACGAUUUGUUGAUAAAAAAAAGUUUGCUUGAAAAAUGUUUUGUACUUAAUGAUAUCUGGCAAGCAAAUCUAUUACAAGCCCGUCUCAAACAUAGAAGCUUUUCUGUUGAAUGA